AUGUGCGUUGCUGACUCAAUGGCUGGCUGGCUGGCUGGCAUACUCACCCUGGCAGUACUGUCUAGCUACGAUGAACCCACUACAGCACUGUCUGUUCCGAUCGAUUACCAUCGCUGUACUGCUACAUACCGGCAUUUAUCUAAUGAUAUAGAGUCAUUUUCAAAGCUAGAAAGUGAUUAUAACGAUGCUAUCAGUUUAAUGAAAUCCACUAUUGAUGAAAACGAUGAAGAGUUUUUCUCUGAAAUUGAAAAUGAAUUACUGAAAUCAGAGAAAUUAGUUAAGCGUAAAGAAACAAAUUUCUUAUUUACUGAUGGAGCAGAUAAUACUGAAAUCCACUCAGGAGUUGGUGGAACAGAGAGCGAUGAUUAG